UUCGAGAUUGUUUACUCACUCGGCAAGAUGUCCGACUACGAAAGCGACGAGGAAUUCGACUUCGACUCAGAGCCAAAGGGGUAUAUGUAUGAACCCGAGUAUACUGAAGAUGAACUGAGACAAAUGGAGUUAGAUCGGGCCGAAAGAGAGAGGGUGGACAGAGAAGCGACAGUAGAAGCUGAAGCUGGAGCCACAGCUGGACCUGCGGUGUCCAGGUUGGCUGACAAAUCUUGGUGCACUUGUUCGAAGUGCGAGAUAAUGCAGACAGAAGUGGAGUGUUACUGCUGCCACGAGUGGGAGUUAGUAAUGCCACAGCUACAAAACCUGUCCAUCCAUGAAGAUGUCGGCGGGACGGCUGCUGCAGUCUGCAUCACCAACAACAAUGACAUCCCUGCCCUCCUGAAUGAGGGCGUCUUGAGGACCUUUUUCCAUGUUCCCAAAAUCAACUGGAAGAGGCGUCCCAGACCAGCUGGACCCGAUGGCCAGUUGUCUGCAGAACAGUACAGGCUGAUUGCCUAUCGCAUCGUCCUGGAAUGGGGUUUACAAGGAGAGAAGCUUGGUCCAGGCAACAGGAGAGUUCUUCCUUCCUGUGUGGUGGAGCUAAUCAGAAGAACCUAUCCAUCACCAACUGGGCAAUAUGCAGGUUUCAAGGAGUCAGUGGAUGCACAGCAAUUGUUUUAAAUAUUUUAAUUCACACAUUGUAGAUGUUUUACUUAUAGAAUUUUGACUGUUUUUCUACAUUUUCUACUGUUAGUUAUUUUACACUAAAAAUGUUACAAAUUACUUAGACUAAAAAUGGCUAAAGAACUAUGUACAUACAUUUUUUUUAAAAUAAAACUAUGUUCCCCAAGACAUCAGUUGUAAUGGUUUUGAUUACUCUUCCAUUACAAUAACAGUUAUGAGAAAAUGGAGGGGAAAUAAUGAAAAGAAAGAAGAAAAACAACGACAAAAAACAAUCACAGGAAAGUUUUUUUUUCAGUCUCAGACGUCAACAUCUGUAUCACCAGUAGGUUCAGUUGGAAAACGAGAUUCAUGUUCUGCUACCAAGUCGGUCUUGUUCGGCUUUGCAGUGGGGGCGAUGUUGGCUGGUAUGCUGACAGGAGGAUGGAUGAAGAAAGCAGGAUCUCCAAUCCUCACAUUCUUGUCAAGCCGCCGUCGAAUGACCCGUUCCACCAAUCCUUUACGGAACUCCUGCGUUGUUGGCUCAUACAGCUUUCUUGCAACCCACUGGUUUGAUUGCCUUGAGUGAAUGACAUUGUACUUUUUCUGUCCUGGGAAUAAGAAGAGUAACACAAGAAUGAUGAGGAUAGUUUAUGUCCAUUACAUACUGUGAUUUGU